AGAGAGAGUGUGUGCUGUGUUUCAAGCGCUUUAUUUUUCUCUCACAGCUUUUCAAGUUCGGGGAGAGAGAGUUCUGCCAGACACUCGUAUCAGCUGAGACCGAUUAGCCUGUACUGGAAAACCAUCAUUCAUCACGCGCACACACACACACACACACACACAGAAGCACUGUCUCCGCAGACGGGACUCAGUCUGUGCAAGCGUACGGAGGAGAGCGCAGCGCGAAGACGGACGUCGUUCUGCUUUUGGCUUCUGAGAUGUCCGAGUCUCCAGCGCGAGAGGGAGAGCCAUCAGCCCGUUUUUAACCAUCUUUUUUUUUAACCUUUUUUUUUUUUUUAAAGAACCUGUGGUUCUUCUUUCUGCUAGAUACACCUUUUGGGUUUGACGCUGUUCUGCCAAUCACCUGAACCCCGUCCUGAGAAACCAAAAAAGUACCAGAGGCUGUAGAAAGUGUGAUGAAUUGAACUACAAUAAGAUUAACACACAUUUUAAGGCCAGUUUUUACAGCAUUAACCAUCGUUUGACCACACACACAGACUGAACAAAACUUCUGACUGCCAGAUAAGACAUUCACAUGACAAUCGAAGGUAGAGAAAAAGCUCAGUGAACAGCAAGACAUUGGUCCUAUCUUGACUCUAAACAGAAGUCAUUACCUUGAGAAUUCAGACAGCACACACACACAAGACACAGGCAUACUCAAAGCUCUUGACUGGUGGACAUAACGACAACAACAACAACAAAAACAAAAAAGAGUUAGAAACAGCCCACAGCGCCCCCUGCAGCCUCACGUCGCCAUGUCUCGUUUGGGGAGGAAAGCCAUCAAGAACCAGAAGACCCCGGAGGUGAUCCGGACGGUGACAGACGGUCUGAAGUCUCUGUACCGCCAAAAAAUGCUGCCUCUGGAGCAGCUGUACGGGUUCCACGACUUCCAUUCCCCCAGCCUGGAGGACGCCGACUUCGACAACAAGCCCAUGGUGCUCGUGGUCGGACAGUACUCCACGGGGAAGACCACCUUUAUCAGGUACCUCCUGGAACAGGACUUCCCGGGGAGCCGCGUCGGGCCGGAGCCCACCACCGACAACUUCACCGCCAUCAUGCACGGGGACGUGGAGGGGCUGAUCCCCGGGAACGCCCUCAUCGUGGACCCCAACAAGCCCUUCCGAAAACUCAACCCUUUCGGGAACACCUUCCUCAACAGGUUCCAGUGUGCCCAGAUGACCAAUCAGGUGCUCGAGAGCAUCAGCAUCAUCGACACACCUGGAAUCCUGUCAGGGGCCAAACAGAAAGUGAGCAGAGGCUAUGACUUCUCGGAGGUGCUGCGCUGGUUCGCCGAGCGGGUGGACCGCAUCGUGCUGCUGUUCGACGCGCACAAGCUGGAGAUCUCGGACGAGUUCUCGGAGGCCAUCGGCGCGCUGCGGGGCAACGAGGACAAGCUGCGCGUGGUGCUGAACAAGGCGGACAUGGUGGGCACGCAGCAGCUGAUGCGCGUCUACGGCGCCCUCAUGUGGUCGCUGGGCAAGGUGUUCGGCACGCCCGAGGUGCUGCGCGUCUACAUCGGCUCCUUCUGGUCCGAGCCGCUGAUGGUGACGGAGAACCGGCGGCUGUUCGAGCUGGAGGAGGAGGACCUCUUCGCCGACAUCCAGCACCUCCCGCGCAACGCCGCCCUGCGCAAGCUCAACGACCUGGUGAAGAGGGCGCGGCUCGUUAGGGUUCACGCCCACAUCAUCAGCUACCUGAAGCAGGAGAUGCCCUCGGUCUUCAGGAAGGACAACAAGAAGAAGAACCUGAUCUACCAGCUGCCUGUCAUCUUCUCCAAGAUCCAGCUGCAGCACCACAUCUCUGCGGGAGACUUCCCCGACUGUGCCAAGAUGCAGGAGAAGCUGAUGGUCCACGACUUCACCAAGUUCAAGGCGCUGAAGCCGGGCCUGAUGGCGGCGCUGGACGAGCUCCUGACCUCCGACAUCGCCAAGCUGAUGCCCCUGCUCAAGCAGGAGGAGAUGGAGGCGGGGGUGCAGCCGGGGGUGCAGGGCGGGGCCUUCCUGGGCACGCGGGCGGGGCCCUUCCUGGAGGGCGACCCCUUCGCCCAGGCGGAGGAGAACGGGGAGGAGGGGGGCGGCGGCGGCGAGGACGACGACGAGGACUGGGUGGUGACCAAGGACAAGCCCAAGUACGACGAGAUCUUCUACAACCUGUCGCCCAACGAGGGCAAGCUGAGCGGCACCAAGGCCAAGGGGUGGAUGGUGAGCACCAAGCUGCCCAACUCGGUGCUGGGCCGCAUCUGGAAGCUGUCGGACGUGGACCGCGACGGCAUGCUGGACGACGAGGAGUUCGCCCUGGCCAGCCACCUGAUCGAGGUGAAGCUGGACGGGCACGGGCUGCCCCCGGAGCUGCCCGCCCGCCUGGUGCCCCCCUCCAAGCGCCGGCACAAGGGCUCCGACGCCUAGAGAGACCCCACCCCCCCCCCACCUCCCAGCCCCCACCCUCCCAAACCCGCCUGCGCCUUGGCCGGGGGGGCUGACACUCAAUCCCCUUCACCCCAAUGCAUUCCCAGCCAGCACGCAAAAAAAACACUACUUCAGCACUUUUGCUUUUCUCUAAGGUUGUAGUGAACUAUGUCACAACAACAUCUUUUAAACCUCUAUUGUUUUCUUUCAGGCCGUGCGAUGUUAUGGAAACAUGAUCGUGUGUUUUUUUUUUUUGGGCCGCACAUGAUUUGUAAAAAUGUUUUUCUGUGUGAUCCGUAUGUGUGGUCCAGGCUAACAGUAUUCCCAUCACAGCAGAAACUUUUUGGGGUGUGGGUUUAAAAACACGAGAGAGAGAGAGAGAGAAAUGUAGUGAAAGCACUGUGCUACAGUGUUGUUCCUCGCCAUGAACUUGCACAGCCUUGCUGAGCUGUAACUGUGGAAAACAUUCUAAUAACGCUUUGUGCUUUUUCUCGGGCCUUCUCCGAAUUCCUGCGCCGUGGCGCCAUAUGUCCGUCCGUGCCCCCCUGUCCGUGCGUCUCUCCGCCCCCCCCCCUCGGUAUUCGGUCAUUCCCAGCGUUCUCCUCGGGACGCUGUCCCGAAAGACGGGCACCACGGAUACCGUGGGCAGGACGCACUUAGCAUUCCUGUGUGGUUCCCUCUUUACCCUGUCUGCCUAGACCGGGGGGCGGGGCGGGACGGGAC